AUGAUACAAAGGAAACUGCCCAAGAAAUUCAAAGACCUUGGGAGUGUAACUAUCUCUUGCACCAUAGGGAAUGAGUCAGUAGGGAAGGCUUUCAUUGAUCUAGGGGAAAGCAUCAACUUGAUGCCCUUGUCAAUGGGUAGAAGAAUUGGAAAUCUGAAGAUAGACCCCACCAAGAUGACGCUCCAGCUCACAGACCAAUCAAUCACAAGACCGUAUGGGGUAGUAGAAGAUGUACUCGUCAAAGUCCGCCACUUUACUUUCCUUGUGGAUUUUGUCAUCAUUAACAUAGAAGAUACAAAGAUUCCUCUUAUCCUAGGCAUACCCUUCAUGCUGACUGCCAACUGUGUGGUAGAUAUGGGGAAUAGGAAUUUGGAAAUGAGUGUGAGGACCAAAAUGUAA